CAGAAGUGAAGCAAAACUAGGUGGUUUAUUAUCAGUGCGCGAGACAAAAAAUUUAGAAAAUUAUUCGGUCAAUAUUACACUCUUGUUUAAGGAGAAACUAACGGAUAAGUGAAAAUUUUACUUAACUCUAUUGUGAAAACAACAAAAACAGCAAGCCAAAAUGCCAGAGGAACCUACUGAAGAAGCACCUGGUCCCCAGGUUCCGAAGACGGAACUGGAGGAGUUGCAGAUAAAAGCACAGGGGACAGCAGAUGAGUCGUUGGAAAGCACUCGGCGCAUGCUUGCUCUCUGUGAAGAGAGCAAGGAGGCAGGAAUACGUACACUUGUAGCCCUUGAUGAUCAAGGAGAGCAACUUGACCGAAUUGAAGAAGGAAUGGAUCAAAUUAACGCAGAUAUGAGAGAAGCUGAAAAAAACUUAAGUGGAAUGGAAAAAUGUUGCGGAAUUUGUGUACUACCCUGCAAUAAGAGCCAAUCAUUUAAAGAGGACGAUGGCACAUGGAAAGGCAAUGAUGAUGGGAAAGUUGUGAACAAUCAACCACAAAGGGUUAUGGAUGAUAGAAAUGGAAUGAUGGCCCAAGCUGGAUAUAUUGGCAGAAUUACAAAUGAUGCAAGAGAGGAUGAAAUGGAAGAAAAUAUGGGUCAAGUUAAUACCAUGAUAGGUAAUCUUCGAAAUAUGGCAUUGGAUAUGGGAUCAGAGCUGGAAAAUCAAAAUCGUCAAAUAGACCGAAUUAAUCGCAAGGGCGAGUCAAAUGAAGCAAGAAUAGCAGUAGCAAAUCAAAGAGCCCACCAGCUUUUGAAAUAAAGCGAUCUAAAGACGAUAACAUGUACAUACAAAAAUUUGCAAUUGAAGCGUAUUUCGGGUUUUUCAUAAAUGUAAUAGUUUCGUGUAAUUGUUUAGUGCUCCAACAGUUGUAAAUAUGAACUAUUUAAUUAUGUACAUACAUACAUUUGUUUUUAUAAUACCGAGAUCCUGCCGUGUUUGGCAAGCUUUAAGUAUCAUCAAGCAUACGAAUUGUAUGUCUGAGUGUAUGUACAUUUGCCAACUCAAAUGCUCACACUUUGAUCAUUCAACCACAAAAUGUACAUACAUUCAUACAUACAUGCACACACAUAAUCAUAAUGAACUUACAUACACAUGCACAUACACAUACACAACACACAAACAAUUGUUUAGUCAGACAAAAUCAAAAUGAAGCAAUCUGCUGUUCCCUCUCCAAAAUUGAAAGUUUAACUUUAACCUGUCUGUUUGAGCAACGUAGCUAAAUGCUGUAUGUAAACUUUACAUUGUAAAGUGUAUAAUUUUUCAUUUAUUUUCUUCCUCUUGCUUUAGAACAGUCCUGAGUACAAUGUGAAGCAUAAAUCUUCAUUGAACAUUUUAACGAUUACACAGCUCAGUAUGUGUUACGAACAAUAUAAAAAAAAACCAAAGAGGCAGAGAAUUCAACUUACACGCGAAAAUGCCAAAGGAUUCAGUUGAAAUGCCUAUAUAUUUGUGAUAAUAGCGCAUCCAUACCAUACGAAUAUUAGCAACGUCGCAUUUGUUAAGUAGUUUUUCGUUUAUUACUGUCAAAAUACUGAACUUGUCCAUUACAACCGUUUCGAAUGUUAUUAUCUCUGAACGCUAACGUUUAUAUCUCUUCGAAUCUGCAAAGUUCUAAAAAUUUUUGGGAGCUGUUACUGAUCUCAAGCAGGCUAGAAUUUCAUAUAUAUGUACAUACAUAGUACAUGCACACAUGCACAUACAUACAUAUAUAUGAAGUGCUCAAAUCUAGAAUAUAGAUUGAAUAUUAAUAUUUUAAUAAAUACAAUAAUCGUUUUUUUAGUCAAAUUUAUUAAUAUUGUGAGUAACAAAUACAAAAAGUCAAGUUCGUACGUUAAACGAAAAAAAGCUAACAUAGAAACUUACAUACAUAUGUGGAUGUGUUUAACUAACGAUGCAAAAAGGCUGUAAGGGAAUGAAUGGAGGAUUGUUAAUUUCUGUAGUAAACAUAAUUCACAUUUAUCCUAUUUAAUAUUUAUGUAGCUUAUUUUUUAAUCAAUUUAAUGUAUAAAUCACGUCUUAAUUUGUAAUGCGUUCACGAUGAUAUUUGUAACAUUUUUUGCUCACUCAAAAGUGUUACUAAAAUCAUCAAACGUAUUAUUGGAUCUGUAUGUCUUCUAUAUAAAUAUAUUUAAUUAACUAAAUUAAAAUAAAUUAUCGUUCUAUCAAAAA